CUGCCGCGGGGAGGGCGUGCGGCGCGGCCAUGGCGGCCGGCGCGGCUCAGGGGCUCGGCGAGGGCGGCGGCGGCCGCGGGUUCCUGGGCCCGCGGGUCCCGCCCGAGGUGGAGGCCAUGGCCAGGGGCGUGCAGGACGUGGGCAAGGAGAUCUUCCGGCGGCUCCUCAAAGUCACUGUUAAUGCAUUGGAAGGAAAAGACUGCAAGGAAUCUGUCAGGCUGAUUGCAGAAAGUGCUAAUCUCUCAGAAGAGCAACUUGCUUUCCUCAUUUCUGGCAUGUACACCCUCCUCCGAGAAGCAUUGAGACUCCCCUUAUCAACUUUCAAACAAGAAGUUUUUAAAGAAGACCUGAAGGAGCUCAGAAUACCAGAAGAUUACAUUGUGGACUUUUCCAGUGUAGUCUUUGGUAACAGGCGUCCCACUUCCGAAGGCACAGCUCUGAUACAAAGAAGUCGGCUACCAAGUAUCCAGGACUUCAAGUGGAGAGUGGAUGUAGCUAUAUCCACAAGUUCACUGGCCCGUGCACUCCAGCCAUCCAUUCUGAUGAUGAUGAAGCUUUCAGAUGGGACAGCUCAUCGCUUUGAAGUGCCAGUUGCAAAGUUUCAAGAACUGAGAUACAAUGUUGCCCUUAUACUGAAGGAAAUGAAUGAUUUGGAGAAGAGAAGCAUACUGAAGAUCCAAGACUGAACACUUUUAAAUUGGGAGUUUAUGGAAGUGAUCUGAAACCCCCAGCAUGUUUGGUGAAUGCAAAACAGGGGACCAUCACCACUUUGCCUCUAUAAACUUCAAUAUGGCAUUUAUGAUGUCUGCUGUAAAUAUUUUUUUUCCAAUUCAAGUAUUAAAAGCACAAGUUCUUUUUGUAAGACUUAGGAAAAACAAAACAUUCAUCUAUGAAAAAGUAUAAUGCUGUUUGUGAACAUUUUUGCAUGAUUCAUCAAAACAUUUUUUUAAAUAACUGUCUUAAUAGAUGUAAGAGUCAUUUAUUUCUGAUUAUGAUUCAUAAUUCUAAUUUUUUUUUUGAAAGUGUGCUACCGGAAGCCCUAUCAAUGUGUAUGUAUCAUAAGAAAGCUCUGCAAUAUUUCAAAUAAAAAAUAAAAUAACAAACCCA